UAACGUCAUAUUGAAGUGGAUUUGGUGCUUGCAGAUUUGAUGUUGUUGAGCGGUCUCAACAAAUUUAUGUCAUUUGCAAACGAAGUCCAUUGUCGAUUCCCUAUAAGUUCAAAGCUGCCCAAUCAUCCCAUGCAUAAUUGGAUUCGGGGACUCACCGACAGCUUUGGAUUCAGAAUUUCUUGUCCUCAAGGACCGUGUUCAAAGAAGUUUCAAGAACCGAAUCAUGGCCUCCCACGGAUUAAAAGAUGAAAGAAGCGGUGCUGAGGUUUACUAUGGCGCAGAAAUGUGUUAUAAGAAAUCUUUGGAGCUUUUGGAAGCAAUGGACCUCCCCAAGGGACUUCUUCCUUUGAAGGAUCUUGAGGAAACUGGCUAUGUAAAGGAAACUGGUUUUGUUUGGCUUAAACAGAAGAAGCCAUUUGAACACUACAACAAGAAAACUGGGAAGACAGUGUUUUAUGGUACCGAACUUACUUCUUAUGUUGGGAAACGAUCGAUGAAAAAGAUGACUGGAGUGAAGAGUAAAGAACUUUUGUUUUGGAUACAUAUUACUGAGAUGGCUAUCAAUGAUCCUUCUAGUAAGAAAAUUUACUUUAAGAGUAACCUGGGAAUUGGAAAAUCCUUUCCUAUCGAUGCAUUUCAGUUAGAAGAUGAAGAAUAGGAGAGAAUAUUAACUCUCUUUCAGAAGCUUCAUAUAUGCUUAUGUCUGUAUUGUCCAGACAAUUUAAUAAAUAAUUAUUACUGAAUGUUUAGUAUGUUA